GUUUCUGACGGAGGAGGCGGUUUCCAGCCCCGGCGGUGCGCGGGGAGGCGGGGGCGCGCAGCCGGCAGCAGCCCCCGCUCGUCGGCCGGUGGGGGAAAAAAAAGGAAAGAAAGCAGAAGGGACGCUCGGGGGAGCCCGGGCAGCCUUGGCGGUGCCGCGGCGGCAGCGCGGGGCGUCCCCGGACGGAGCCGCCUCCGCACGGAUGAAGAUGGUUGGUGCCCUGCUGGUUACGUUCUGGCUGUGCAUGGUCACCCUCGGCAGCAGCUCGGAACGCUGUGAUGACUGGGGUGUGGACACCAUGAAGCAGAUCCAGAUUUAUGAGGGGGAACCUGCCAAGAUCAAAUGCCCACUUUUUGAGACCUUCUUGAAGUACAACUACAGCACAGCCCAUUCUGCUGGCUUAACCCUGAUCUGGUACAGGAUUGGGCAAGACCGGGAUCUGGAGGAGCCCAUUAAUUUUCGUCUCCCAGACAAUCACAUCAGUAAGGAGAAAGACACCCUUUGGUUCUGGCCUGCUUUUCAAAAUGACACUGGGAAUUAUACAUGCAUGCUCAGAAAUACAACCUACUGCAGCAAAGUUGCCUUUCCCUUGGAGGUUCUUCCGAAAGAUGAACACUCUUGUGUGAGCCAUUCAAUAAAACCCACUGAGGAGAUGUUCUACUUGGAGCACACCAAUGAGAAGAUCAUAUGUCCAGAUAUUGAUGGGUUUUACCCUGCUAGCGUAACACCAACUGUCAAGUGGUACUUGAACUGCAAGUUGGUGAAUGGCUUUUAUGAGCGAUACCCCCAAGGGCCCAAGCUUGUCAUCGGCUUUGUCCGCAGUGUAUAUAAAGGGAAUUACACUUGUAUUGUGACAUUCAAGGACCAUGGAAGAACCUAUAAUCUCACCAGAACCAUAAUGAUGAAGGUGGUGGGAUCUCCAAACAAGGCCUUGCCACCACAAUUCACCUCUCCAAAUGAGAAAGUUGUCUACGAACUGGAAGCAGGAGAUGAUCUUGUUCUGCCCUGUGAGGUUUUCUUCACCUUCCUGAAGGGCUCCCGGACUGAGGUGUGGUGGACCAUAGAUGGGAAAAACACAGAUGAUAUUGUGGACCCCAAGAUAAAAGUCACACAAAGUGAAAUUACUAGAGAUUUUGAAGACAAAACUGUCAUAAGGACUCUAACAGUUGCAAAAGCCACAACAGAGGACUUGAAACGGAAUUAUACUUGCUAUGCCAGAAAUGCCAAAGGCGAGGACCAUAGCCAGGCCGUAGUGCGCAUGAAAGUUGUAGCACCGAAGUACACUGUGGAGCUGGCCUGUGGACUCGGGGCAACCAUCCUUCUCGUUGUGGUGCUGAUAGUCAUUUAUCACGUUUAUUGGCUUGAAAUGGUCCUCUUCUAUCGAGCUCAUUUUGGAACAGAUGAAACCAUUCUAGAUGGGAAGGAAUACGAUGUGUACGUGUCCUACGCACGCAAUGCAGAGGAGGAAGAAUUUGUGCUGCUGACGCUGCGAGGAGUUUUGGAGAACGAGUUUGGGUACAAGCUGUGUAUCUUUGACAGAGACAGCCUCCCUGGGGGAAUUGUCACAGACGAAACCCUGAGCUUCAUCCAGAAAAGCCGACGUCUGCUUGUUGUCCUGAGCCCUAACUACGUCUUGCAGGGGACACAGGCCCUGCUGGAGCUCAAGGCUGGUCUAGAGCAUAUGGCCUCCAAGGGUAACAUCAAAGUCAUUCUAGUGCAGUACAAAGCCAUCAAGAAGAGCAAAGUGAAGGAGCUGAAGCAGGCCAAGGCGGCCUUGACUGUCAUUAAAUGGAAAGGCGAGAAAUCCAAGUUCCCAAAGGGCAGGUUCUGGAAGCAGCUGCAGGUGGAAAUGCCAGUGAAAAAAAUUAGCAGGAGCUUGAGCCUCGAUGGGCUCAUACGUAUCCCUGAGAAAUGUUUAACACCAUCAUCAGAAAACAACAAAACAAACCCCCAAAAUCCACAAGUUAGGCCAGGGGAUGGGAAGGAACUCAAGGUUCUUGCCAUGAAGGACUGUGUCCCAAACAUUUCAGAGGAUAGUCAUGCCUCCCUGCAGCUUUUCUACUGCCCUGGCAGUAGAGAGACCAAAGAUGCGUACACCUCCUCUCUGCAAAUGCACAUCCUUGUCAUCAACCACACAAGCCCUGGGCCCAAGGUCUAAAUUGGCUAUCCAGGUGGGAUGCAGCCAGCACUUUGUGACAGCAUGGUAUUUGUAUAGGCCAGUACCCCUAGAUCCAGUUCCUAUGGGACCUUUGUUAGUCAGGAUGGAGCUCCUUUCCUCUCCUAAGUGGCUUCACUCUUUCCUGGUCAUUGGUCCCUGUGGCAGAGGCUGGGGAACAGUUUGAAAGGUGGCUUCAGUAUAGAGCCUUUCAUACCUGUGCCAGUUAUGUAGUCCUGAUCACUGUGAGAUCACAGAUUUCUGCUUCAAUGGGGGAAGCGUAGACUCUUGAGGCUCCUCAUCUUUGCUCCCCACGUUUCUGUAGGAGCAGAUGCAUUCACAUAGGUGAUAUUUGUAUUGUAGCAUUUCUACUAAUAAGUGAUUAGUCUCUGGGACUCUGCAGCCUCCUGAGCACCCCAGAUCCUUCAGGCCUGUAAUGCUUAUAAUCUAGGGGAAAUCUCUCAUUAGUACAGGCAAUGGAGCAUGUCUGGGAGAUGCCUCUUUGUAGAGUAAACUCAGGGACUUCACAAGCACUGCAAUGAACCCUAAUUUACUACUGAACCCGCCUACUGCCUCUGUGCUGCUGGCUGGGGGAAAGCAUCAUGCAAGGUGCUGCCAAGGCCUCUGGGAUGGCACUGGAUAUAUAUGUCCAACUCCCCAGGAGACCCUACAAACUUACCUGAACAUACUAAAAACUGCUAGCUCUGUCCAGCUGGAUAAGACUAUGAGGAAAGUCUGAGAGAGUUGGGGUUGUUCAGCCUGGAGAAGAGGCGGCUUUGGGGACACCAUAUUGUGGCCUUUCAGUACUUAAAGAGAGCUUAUAAGAAAGAUGGGGACAGACUUUUUAAUAAUUCCUGUUGCAAUAGGACAAGGGGUAAUGGUUUUAAACUAAAAAAGGAUAGAUUCAGACUAGAUUUAAAGAAAUUUUUUACAAUGAGGGUGGUGAAACACUGGAACAGGUUGCCCAGAGGGGUGGCAGAUGCCCCAUCCCUGGAAAUAUUAAAGAUCAGGUUGGACGGGGCUCUGAGCAACCUGAUCUAGUUGAAGAUGUCCCUGCUCACUGCAGGGGCAUUGGACUAGAUGAGCUUUAAAGGUCCCUUCCAACCCAAACUAUUCUGUGAACACUCAGUGUUCUCUGUCUGGGUAUGAACAACAUCACCAUUCAUAAUCCAGGGCUCAGGUUUAAACUAACCUUGGCUUUACAAAGUAAGUCUCCACCUAUCUUGUUUCUAGCCCAGUGUAAUAAGCUGCAGAACAGAGGACGUAUCUCAGCUUCUGCGACCUUUGCACAUAUAAAUAUAAAAAAACCACUGAGUACCAGUCCUUGCUUCGAUGGGAGACAGCAGGCAUAGGAGAGGACCUGGUGAGUUAACCCUCAGCAGACAGGUUUUUCAGACCAAGGAGGGGAGUGUCCCUUCCCUUGUAGGGCAGACUAAAGCACAGUGGGACCCUGGCAUUGACUGGUACUGUUCAAAAUGUUUUCACAUAAAACUACAAGCUCUGGGGGUGUGUCCAUACUCCUGUAGCUCCCAAUGCAAGGGCUGGCCCACUUAAUUGUUGAAUUCAGUAUUACACACACUCUACAAGCUCUGGGGGUGUGUCCAUACUCCUGUAGCUCCCAAUGCAAGGGCCGGCCCACUUAAUUGUUGAAUUCAGUAUUACACACACUAAGUGCAUGCUUAUUUUUUGUUGAUAAUGGUUGCUCCUGAGUCACCCCUGACUCAUGUUUUUGCUCUGUUGGUGUCCAGCGGAUGAAGCAUAGCCAUUCAUAAUGGCCUUUAAAAAGUGUUACAAUUUGGAGUCUAUGCACUAUUUACCCAGCUGAGCAGGGAGGUUUGAAAGCAUCCAGUAAGCAGCCCAGCAUUAAAGGUAUGGGGCUGAAUCCUGGUGUCAGCAAAGCCCCUUGCUCUUGGUAUCUUAUGAUUAAUAAUGUUAUUCCAGGGCAGUGGGGAGCCACAGCUACCCAUGCCUUUGGGCAGGUACUGUACAAACAUGGAACAAAUAGACCUUCUUACAUUCCUCUUCAUCCCCCCCCUCCUGCCCCAAGUAAGCUUUGCUUUAAGCAGGUAAAAUUGCAGCUAGCUUCGCUGAAGGCAGUGGAGCUCCUCAUCUGCUCAGAGGUGCUUAAAAGCUUUGUUGUUAUGAGCUUUUCAACUGUGGCUGUCUGUGGAGGGGCAGAGCUGCUUCCCACGCUCCAGAGGCUUCAUUUGUACAAGAUAGCAUCCAAAACCAUGCUCAGCUUUGUGAAGCCAUUGCAGCCAUGUCAUUUUGCCUAGCUUCACCUUUUUGUUUAUGUUUUCAACAUUCCUGUAAUCAGCUGCCAGAUCUGCAGGCAGAGGAGAGACCCUGAGGCCAGAGAAGAACUGUGUUAGAUUCCAAUUUAAUUUUUUAAAAAUUGACUCAAAAAUACACAUAAAUUCAAUUAACAUCCCAGGUCUCACCAUAUCACAUCUCGCUUUUGGCUGAGGUACCAAGAGAACUUCUGCUGAUGUUUCAGUUAGUCUGAUUAUUUAGGAAGUUAAAUCCACCUCAUUUAUUUUGCUGAUUUUAUUCAAAGCAUUUGCCAAAUAAAUAAUGGACCAGGACUUUCUCUGGCAUACAUUGCAGUGGCCCGUGGUCCCAUUGCAACCCCAGAACAGGAUUACUGAAAGACAUCAGCAGAGCACCCAGAAGACAAAAGGUGUGAUGGUCUGAAGGGGGCCCGAGAGGUCCAGAGGAAUAGUGCUGGAGCAGGCUUUGCUCCCCUGGGAGCUUUACCACUGGCCUUGCUGGGAGCUAUCUGGCCAGGGGUAAAUCCCGGUCCCAGCUGUAAUGCAGAUCUGCAAAGCACCUCAAAUACGCCUGCCAUUUCAUCCUAUGCCACAUGUGGUUUUCAUUAUGGGAUUCUGUCAUAGCAUCUGUCUAGUUCUGUUGAUUCAUUUAAGCUUCUGUGCUCUAACCUAACAUUUAUCAAUAUGCAGAUCAUAUAAAGUUCCUCAUUGUUAUUUCAUGGGGAAACAGUGUGGUACAAAUCAGAAAAAGUAUCUCCCCUGCCCCGUGCCAUUUGAUGCUGUACAGUUGUUCCAGAGUUUUCCCCUCUCCUUUCUGUAUGUUUUUGCCUUUGUGAUAUUUUGUCUAUGAAGUGUCAGUAUUAUUUUAUUUUGCUUUUCAAUAAAACAUUUUCACUUUUGCAUUUCA